UAUUUUGCUGAAGGGCUUUACCAGAGAGGCACCGAUGAGGAUGGAUUCUGCCGGUUCCUCCCUGGGGAUAUCAGGCAGGCAGUGAAGCGGACAGCUCGGAAGAUGGGGGCCACUGUUGCGUGCCGGCAGAAGCGGUGCGCCCGCAAGUUCCACUUCCCCUGCGGGUCCGAACGGGGCUGCAUCUCGCAGUUCUUUGGGGAGUACAGGUCGUUUUGCUGGGAGCAUCGCCCAGAGCAGAGAGUGGAGACGCACCAGGAUGGGGACACCACGUGCAUCAUCUGCAUGGAGCCCGUGGAGGACAGGACCUCCUACAGCACCAUGGUGUGCCCCGUCUGCAAGCACGCCUGGUUCCACCGUGGCUGCAUCCAGGAACAUGCUCUCCAUUCUGCUCUGAAGCACUUUGCCUGUCCCUUGUGCAAGGACCGGGAGAAGUUUCUGCCCGAAAUGUGGCACAUGGGUAUCCGAAUACCUGACAGAAGAGCGGCUUGGGAGGAGGAGGAGGAGACCUUUGAAGAGCUAUAUGAAACAUAUAGCCACUGUGAUGCUAGGCAGUGCCUUUACCAGGGAGGCAGGGAGCAGUCAGAAGAGGAGGG